GGCUCCUCGAGAGGAGGGAGGCCCAGUUGCCAAGGAAACGAGAGGACGCCAGGCAGCCGCCCCCACCGUCUCCGCCCCAGAAAGGCCGGAGGCCUCAGCGGACAGCUGCCUCCCGGGAGGAGAAGGAAGAGGGGCCGCUAGAGGGAGGGAAGACGUGAGGCGUGGGGGAGGAAGAGGAGCCCAGGACAGGCCCCACGCACGAUUGAUGGGCGGCUCUUCUGCUGUGGGCCUGCUCACCCGCUCAGGCCCGCGGCCCCUUUAGCCCCUUGUGAGGGGUGAAAGUGCUGAUCCCCAAGGAGCAGCAGGGGGUCCAUCUUUCUGUUUUUAACCCCACCGUUUUUUUCUGAAAAAGGGAGAACAGACUUCAUUCUAUGCAGAUCAGGAACUAAGAACCAUGUUGCAUGAAACACGGGACAGGCAGAAGUUCGUCAGCGAUGUUCAGUAUCUACGGGACAUGCAGCAUAAGGUGGACUCAGAAUAUCAGGCUUGUUUGAAACGACAGGAAUGCAAGAAAGAACCAAAUGAUAAGAAGCAGGAGCAGCUGUGGGGAAAAGACACAAGUGACAGGUCCCGGUUUUCAAGCGGGUCGUCGUGCAAACAGAGUUCCUAUGAGGAGGAUUCUUUAAGUGAAUCAAGAUUAUCUACUAAAGCACCUAUGGCUAAGUGUGAGCCCAGACUUCCAGCCAUUGACCAAACAUCUGUCAAGCAGAAACACAAAGGCACCAUGACACUAAAGAAGUCAGAGAAAGUGAGUCCCAGCAAACCGUCUCCAGCGGCACAAGCACCAAAGAUUUUAUCAAGGAAGAGGAGGCCAAACCUGGGGAGAUUGACGGUCAGCCCGGAAAUGCACAGUUCGAGGGCAUCCGUGGAGAGAAGCAGGCAGAAAGCGCCGCUGUCGACAAAAGCAUCAGGACUCCUGGGAGCAGACCCAGCUGUCCAACAAGAAAGCCUGCAGUGUGCAAAUGAGACUAAGCUAAAGAGGCCUGCUCGAGAGAGAAGAAACUUAGCCUCGUCCGCACAACUCUUGAGAACGGCUGGGAAACCCCCUGAGAGACAGAAAAAAGGAGACCUGAGUGCUCGUCCCCAGAAUGAGCACCACACUGCCCUCUCACAGACCCUCCAGCCAAUGAGUGGUUCUCACAUGCUGACUGAGCCCCUGGGACCUUCAUUCCUCCCCGCCACCGUGGUGGGACCAAGAAGGGCACCAUUUAGGUUCCACGACGAAGAUUUUUAUUCUGCGUUAUCACUAAACAAUGAACAAGAGAACUAUGACACGGAAGAGGAGACUCACAUGGAGGAAGAGCUCCUGCUGGCUGGAAUGCGUUCUCCUCCCAGCUAUAAAAGGAGCCGGUUCCUUGGGACAUCAGCUGCUCAAAAUAGAAAUGUGGAGGAAAAUACCGAAAAUCUCAGAGUAAAUUCUCUAAGAUGGAGUGAGCCCAAUCCUGGACCUCCAAGAAAAACCAGUGCCAUGGAGCCAGCCACAAAGCAGCCUUCCCCUGAGCAAAGGGUACUCCAAGAUACCAGGCUACCCAGGGAGUUGGCUAAAGAGAACCCCAGUGGAGACCAAGAUAAGAAGACCCCUGUUCCAGAGGACGCCAUAUCUGAUGGUGUCAUCCAGGUCAGUGCUGAAGAUGUGUCUAGCGGUUGUGCCACGCAAGACAGGUCUGCCGUUCAUGAGAGAGACUGGCAACAUUACUAUGAUGGUUCUAGGGCCUCAUUUGAUUGCUUACUUUCAGGGAGACCCACAGCUCCAAGAUCAUCCAUGAAUCCAUCUUACAGUGCUCACGGGACACUGCUCCAUUCUGCUCUGAUAGAUGACAUCCCAGCAAGCUUGUCCAUGUCAUCUAUCCUAGUCCCAAGUUCAGACUUGGAGGAAAACCUAAGGUUCAAUGUACGCCGGCCACUCUCACCCAUCAGAAAUAGAAAUCCAUUGGCCGCUGCUGAAAGCCGCAGUGAUGAUGCCCAGAGAACCCAGGAGAUGGCUUCAACUAGUCAGGCUCAGGAGCCUCCAUUACUGGCAGAUCUUCCAAAUCCACAAAGCAGUGUGACCGUAGGGGACUCUCCUGGCUCUCCUACAAGAAGACAUUUACAAGGCCAUUUCUACAUGCCUGGGUCCCUGCAAGAAAAUAUACCUUUUACUUUCUUUGCAGUGUCUGAUUUUGUAAAUCAAAAUGAUAAUGGGACCAGCAUUAGAGUCUCUGGUGUCAUGGAUGAAAAGGCCACAGAAAUAAAGGCAGACCCUGAGAAACUCAGGAAAUUACAAGAAAGUCUCUUGGAGGAGGACUCGGAGGAGGAGGAGGGAGACUUGUGUCGAAUCUGUCAGAUAGCCGGGGGUUCCCCAGCCAACCCCCUCCUGGAGCCUUGCGGCUGUGUGGGAAGUCUGCAGUUUGUUCACCAAGAGUGCCUGAAAAAGUGGCUGAAAGUGAAAAUAACAUCAGGUGCAGAUCUAGGCACUGUAAAGACCUGUGAGAUGUGUAAGCAAGGCCUACUGGUCGACCUGGAUGACUUCAAUAUGACCGAAUUUUACCACAAGCACCAGCAAUCCCGGGCACAAAGUGAGCUGAUGAACUCGGGCCUAUACCUGGUGUUGCUGCUCCACCUGUAUGAGCAGAGGUUCGCAGAACUCAUGACACUCAACUACAGGCGGGCUUCCAGAGAGAGGUUGUCAAGAAAUUACCCACAACCCAGACCGGAAGAAAAUGAAAGUUCCGAGUCGGGAGAUGGUAAUGCAAGCAACGUUUACCCAGGCCGGGUCAUCUAGCAAGGGAGCUGGUCGUGGAGUGCAGCAGAGACCUCUCCACCCAGAAGCCCUUUCUGUGUCCCCCUGUGCCUCCCUUCUUCCCUCCUCUUUACUGAAACUGAAGCCAAUGUGUUCGCGGUUACCAUUUUCACCCGUGCCACUCCUUCUGGGGGAUCUGGCUUGAGCAUCCAUGGGCAGCCAGAGGGACCAUCCCAGCCAGCACAGGCAAAACGGCUGCCCCUCAGCCCAGCAGCCUGGGCUCCCAAUGCUGAGGCCCUCUGUUCAGGCCUCAGCCCACCCUGAGUGGAGUGGAGCCAUGCAUUCAGUAAACUGACUUUAUUCUCCCA